ACGGAAACGGAAGGAGGUUUGUUUUUAUGCCGGCUUCAUGCUCGACGCUGUACUUGUGUUGUUUUAUUUAAACAAGUCCAAACAUGGCGCAGACGUGUUGCGUCGUGAAGUGCCAGCAUCGUCCACACGAACAAUCGGGGAAUAAAAAGGAUGGGGUGAGAUGUUUCUCCUUUCCAACGUGGAAGCAAAGCCAAGGAGCUGUGAUCUGUGAGCUAACAAAGAGACGCCGAAUGGCCUGGAUAGCAGCCGUGAGACGACCAAACAUCACUUUCAACACCAUCACCCAAGACUUGGUGGUGUGUUCACGGCAUUUUCACACUGGGAGACCAGCUAAUGAAAUGGAUGAAAGCCAUCCAGACUGGGCACCCUCAUUACAUCUCGGACACACGGAGGUGGAAGCUGGAGAUAACCAGAGACUACACAUAACAUUGGACCAGGAGAACGAGCGACUACGACAACAACCGGAAGCUGUUGGAAAGACUCGAGUAGAAGACGUCCAGCGGCUGAUUGGUCAUCAAGAGGGGGGCUCCACUUGGCAGCAGGAGGAGCCACAGCCUGUUAAAGAAGAAGAAGAAGAGGAGCCAGAGCCCAUCCACAUUAAAGAGGAAGAGGAGGAACCACAACCCCUUCGCUUUAAAGAAGAGGAGGACCCAGAGCCCGCCCACAUCAAAGAGGAAGAGGACCCCCAGCUUCUUUGUGUUAAAGAGGAAGAGGAAGAACUCUGGAUCACUCAGGAGGGAGAGCAUCUUCUAGGGCCAGAGGAGGCUGAUCUCACCAGGUUGCCACUGACCGGUGUCUCCGUGAAGACCGAAGACCAUGAAGACAAACCACCUGAGUCCUGGCAGCUUCAUCAUAGUCCAAGUGAGGAGAUGAGAGAGGCGGAGCCUUCAUGCAGCUGCUCACCACAACACAUGACAACAGAAGCUGAUGGAGACCACUGUGGAGGAUCACAAGGAGACAACCUCUUAGCUCCACUGUCAGAUGGUGUCGACGCAACGUCACGCUCUCCUGAAGAUGAAGACAGCGACUACUACCAAGAACCUUUGAGCAGCGAUACAGACUGUGAAGGUGAUAUGACGACUCACACUGGCAACAAACACUCUGAAAGCUCGAAAAAGAAGACCCGUAAACGUUUUAGCUGCUCAGUUUGUGGGAAAAGAUUUUUUUAUCAGAGUAAUUUGAUUCGCCACAUGAGAACGCACACAGGAGAGAAACGUUUUCGCUGCUCAGACUGCGGUCGAGGUUUCACUCAAAAGGCAACUCUGGUGUCACACAUGAGAACCCACACAGGAGAAAAAUGUUUUCGAUGCCCAGACUGCGGUAAAAGCUUCACCCAAAAGGGAAACAUGGUGUCGCACAUGAGAACUCACACAGGAGAAAAACCUUUCAGUUGCUCUGUCUGCGGCAAAAGCUUCACCCAAAAGGUAACUAUGGUAUCACACAUGAGAAUGCACACAGGAGAAAAACCUUUUCAUUGCCUCGACUGCGGUAAAAGCUUCAGUAAAAAGUCAAGUAUGGUCUCGCACAUGAAAACACACACAGGAGAAAAACAUUUUACCUGCUCGGACUGCGGCAAAAGCUUCACUCAAAAAGCCAACAUGGUGUCACACAUGAGAACGCACACGGGAGAAAAACCGUUUAGUUGCUCGGACUGUGGUAGACGCUUCACUGAAAAGGCAAGUAUGAUCACGCACAUUAGAACGCACACGGGAGAAAAACCGUUUAGUUGCUUAGACUGCGGUAAAAGUUUCACCCAGAAGCCGGCGUUGGUGUUACACAUGAGAACGCACACAGGAGAGAAACCUUUUAGUUGCUUGGACUGCGGCAAACACUUCACUCGAAAAAUCAACAUGGUUAUGCACAUGAGAACGCACACGGGAGAAAAACCUUUCAGUUGCUCCGAGUGUGGUAAAAGUUUCACGCAAAAGGCAGCUUUGGUGUCGCAUAUGAGAACGCACACGGGAGAAAAACCUUUUACCUGCUCCAACUGUGGCCAAAGCUUCACCCAUAAAGUAAGUAUGGUCAAACAUAUGAAGACACACCCACAGGAAUCCUAAAUGUAUCACUCAGGAGAAAAAACAGUGCAGUUACUCAAAUUGUGUCCUCUUGCCGAAAACUUGCCGAGUCACUGGUGUGUGUGUGUGCCACGUCGGGGCGAGACCCGGGAUGUUUUCUUUCCAGUCGGUCACUGAAGCAGGCGAUUUUUAUGAUUGACACCUCCUCUGGUUUGAAGGAAGUUCAUCACUUCAAUCACCUGCUAGAGAAACUAGUUGGAAGGAAAAUCUGCAGUUCAUUCAUUUUCUAUGCUGCUCCAUCCUCAUUAUGGUGGUGGUGGUGGUGGGGGUAUGCUGCUGGAGCCUACCCCAGCUUGUCCUAUGAUUUGAUUCCUUUUACUGAUGUGAGGACAAACGGUAAAAAAAAAGGACUUUUCGUUGAAGUGAAUCAAAUCAAGCACAGAAAAACAGUUUAGUUGCUAAGACUGCGGUAAAAAAAACGCCCCCAAAGUAAAACAUGGGAACACACGCGACAGGGACGUAGUUGCUGAAAUGAUGGCGACACGUUUUCUCGGUCGUCCACUUCCAGACUCACCAAUAAACUCAUCAAUAAAGUGGAUAUGCUGGCCUCCAAACAUGACGUGUUUGUUUUUAUCCGCUUUCUCUCCCAAAAGGGCUGGAUGACGAGAGAGUUCACUCUGGGCAUCUGUCUCAACCUGGGCAUGUUGGUUCUGUAGCAGAAUGAACAGUGUCCCAGUGGGGGGAGGCGGGGCAAUGCUCUGUAAAGACUAUGCCCCAUUCUGCUUUGUAAGAAAAGUAUAUAUUAGUAGCUAAGUAGCUAUUUACAUAAUAACAUGUUUAUGUACUGGAUCUGCUGUCACAUGAUCUCUGAUUACCGUAAUAACUCGUUUAUCACAAGAAAGUGCAGAGUCUCCAUUCAGAAAUUAAUGUAAUUCAUUUCAUACUUUUUUUUACUACUUUGGAAAUGUCCGGCAGGUCAGACUGAAAUCCCACCAGGCCGGGUUUGGUCCACGGGCCGUAUCCUCUUCCGGCUGCUGUUGGCUACAUUAUGAUGGAAAGUAGGAUGGAAAUUUGUGUUAUUCCAUAUGGAAUCAAUUGGAAUUUUGUUUAAUGGAAAGUCUUAAAAUUCUAAUUAGUUGAUUUGGUACAUGAA